GCGGCUAUGAAUCAGUACUGUUUCUGCUGUCACUGUGAAACGGAGCAUAAUCAACUAGCGAAAAAAUGACUGGACGUGGAAAGGGGGGAAAAGGUUUAGGAAAAGGUGGCGCUAAACGUCAUCGUAAAGUAUUGCGUGAUAACAUCCAAGGUAUUACCAAGCCGGCCAUUCGUCGUUUGGCACGUCGUGGUGGUGUGAAGCGUAUUUCUGGGCUGAUUUACGAGGAGACGCGUGGUGUGCUAAAAGUUUUCUUGGAAAACGUUAUCCGUGAUGCUGUCACCUACACGGAGCACGCAAAACGAAAGACUGUCACCGCUAUGGAUGUUGUGUAUGCAUUGAAACGUCAAGGUCGCACACUCUACGGUUUCGGUGGUUAAGCACGUCCAAUCCAGCCAACACCACAAAGUUUUUGCAAUUGGAAUAAAAAAAAAAAACAACAACACAAAAAACGGUCCUUUUUAGGACCAAUAA